UUAGGACCGCGGCCCCUUUAAACGGCGCCCCUCUUCCCCCAUCACACCCCUUACCACCAGGCAGCACGAGCAGAGCCAUGUGCUUCCCCCUCCCGACUGCUUCAUUGGCCCAAACUGGGUCACGGUCCCGCCCCCAGUACCGCCUCCCAUUGGGCAAAUGUAGGUCAGUGUCCCGCCUCCCACCGAAAGGCAAGGCAACUUCACGCGCUAAGCCCCUCACGCGCCCUCCUGGGCCCUGGCGUAUCCAGAGGCCCCAUUGGCUGUGCGUCUCAAGGGGUCGGAGACGAUUGGCCUGUGUUUGCAGCCGGAGGGAGGCACGCGGCUGGGGUGCAUGCCCACAGAGGCGGGCGGGGCUGGACGCGCCGGGCGGGGACCCGGAGGAGGGGCGCGCGCUGUGGCGUCGGGUGUUUUGGUUUGGAUUUUUUUUCCGCGAAAGAAGUUUGCUUUGGCCACGCCUCAAGGCGGCCGCCUCCUCCUGCCCCCUCCUCCGCCCCUCCGCACACACCUCUCGGUGCAGAUUGCAAAGCGCCUUCCGUUGCGAGAGCUGCAGAUUUUGCAAGAGCCAGGCUCGCCCACCUUGUAGAAGGGGCGCCUUGGGUCCCCUCUCACCCUCGGUUGCAAAGGGCCGGCCGCUUGAUUUGGACACCCCCUCGCCCAGACUGCAUGAUCUCCCGGGACCCUUUUGAGUUGCACGUUUCUGCACCGAGGACCUCAAAUUCCCGUCGCUCCUAGGAUUUGCAGCGUUCUGGAUACUGGAGGGUUGCAGGCUACACUCGCCCGCCCCUGGGCAGACAGUCGUCCAAACCACUGGAGUGUGCCGGUGACUGGCAGGCCAGCCCUUCGCCUCUCCAUGAACCCGUGAGCCUGGGGGCAGGUGCCAGGCGAUGGCGCGGCCUGUGAGCGACAGGACCCCGGCCCCUCUGCUGCUGGGCGGCCCGGUCGGGACACCCCCUGGCGGGGGAGCGCUGCUUGGGCUGCGGAGCCUUCUGCAGGGGACCAGCAAGCCCAAAGAGCCAGCCAGCUGCCUGACCUCUCGGGACACACCCAGCCCUGUGGACCCAGACACCGUGGAGGUGCUGAUGACCUUUGAACCCGACCCAGCUGAUCUUGCCCUAUCAAGCAUUCCUGGCCAUGAGACCUUUGACCCUCGAAGACACCGCUUCUCAGAGGAGGAACUUAAGCCCCAGCCAAUCAUGAAGAAGGCGAGGAAAAUCCAGGUGCCAGAGGAGCAGAAGGACGAGAAAUAUUGGAGCCGCCGGUACAAGAACAACGAGGCAGCCAAGCGGUCCCGGGACGCCCGGCGGCUCAAGGAGAACCAGAUAUCGGUGCGGGCGGCCUUCCUGGAGAAGGAGAACGCCCUGCUGCGGCAGGAAGUGGUGGCUGUGCGCCAGGAGCUGUCCCACUACCGCGCCGUGCUGUCUCGAUACCAGGCCCAACACGGGGCCCUGUGAGGCUGCCCCACAUCCCCACCUGGCGGAGCUCUCCUCCGCCUUGCUGAGACUUACGCCCUGUUCCCUCCCUGCCCUGUGGCCCACGGGCCGGCCAGCUGGGUGCCCCAGGGACGUGAUAAUGCAGAUAAAUACAUUUAUAUUUUUAAGAAAAA